AUGGGUUUAUACUACCUGCUGAUUUUGCUGCUCUGUCCAGUCAACGGAGUCGUCAAUGCGUAUGGCGCGUUGGACACCGAUCCCUGUGUUACAUAUACAGCAAUAGACGAACCCAAGCGAAGUACUGCAUACAGAGCAAAUCAAACAUGGGAAGAACUGCUGUGUGAUGAGAAUCUACUUUCAGGAUGGUAUCGUUUUGUUAGUGGUGCUGGGGGUGAAAUGCCCAUUAAUAACGAUAUACCUGCUUACCAUUGUGGUACUCAUAUACCUUUGUAUUUGAACGGCACACAUCCUACGGUGGAAGACGAUGUUGUCAAUCGUACAGCAUGUGGAAAUUACUUAGGGUCUCUUUGUUACCAGAAGUACCAAAUGCAGGUCAAAAAUUGCUCAUCAUAUUAUGUAUACUUUCUUAUCAGAACAAGAGGUUGCUCAGAAGCUUACUGUGCAGGCGAUGAGUUGGAAUGCCAGUCUGGGUACGUAUCUCCAAAUGGUAACUUCACGCCUGACUGUCAAGAUUUAGACGAAUGUACUAGAGAUGUCCAUUCCUGCCAUCAAAUAUGUGUUAACACGGCUGGGUCGUAUUAUUGUGAGUGUAUGGAUGGAUAUAUACUGAAUACCGAUGGUUAUUCUUGUUCACAGACAGGAGCAUCAACUUCGGCGAAUGUAUCAGAUGGAAUAUGUAAAACUCACCACUGCUCAUUGAUUUUAUACUUCUUUAUUUACAACCUCAUUCACUAG